UUCUCCACUUUUCAUCUCAACCACUCCCUGGUUAAAGAUGCAGAACGGCACUGAAGGAAACAACUUCUACAUCCCCAUGUCCAACAGGACUGGACUUGUAAGAAGUCCCUUUGAAUACCCUCAGUACUACUUGGCGGAUCCAUGGCAAUUCUAUCUGCUUGCUGUCUACAUGUUUUUCCUGAUCUGUUUUGGAUUCCCAUCAACGGUUUCUCUGUGGUCUCUGGUGGUGCUUGCCAUUGAGGGAUACAUUGUGGUCUGCAAGUCCAUGGGAGGCUUCAAGUUCAACCCAACCAGGCCCAAUCUUGAGUAG